CUCACCCAAUUCAGAUGCAAAUAUAGCGUUUUAUUCUAAUCUUUUAUGCCUUUUUGACCUUUCCCAUUAUACCUCUAGCAAUGGAGUCUUCCAAGAAUCUUUCAGGGGGUACAGAAGGCUGUAGCAGCAGUGAAUCUGGCUGGACAACUUACAUUGCCUCUCCCAUGGAAGAAGAUGACGCAGAGUGUGGCGAGGACGAAGAUGGAAACUAUGAAAACGAUAAUGAUGAUGCCAAUGAUGCUGAAAAUGACAAUGGUGGACAAGAUAGUGAUGAUUCAAUGGCUUCCGAUGCUUCUUCUGGCCCAAGUCAUCGCCAACAAAAACAUGAGAAAGAUAAAGGAAGUCAUGGCAGAGUUCAUUCUAAGCAUGGCAAAGGUGAUUAUGUUAGCAAAUGUUCUUCACAUAAUAAAAACAGCAAACAAGAGAAGAAAAGAGGAGAAAACAGCACAAGGUAUAGAGUGCAGAAUUGA